UUGACAGCAGAGCUAGAAAAAUUUGGUGGGCUCUUCAGUAGUGAAAAGGUGGAAAAAUCGUCAUCUGCGUAAUAAAUGUUAUUUUUUUGAAUUGUUUCCACUCCGGGGCGGAUUUUUUUCCAACCACUGUUUGCGCAAUACAACCCCGGUCCAGCUGAGUGCUCCAACAUGGCCGGCCGAGCUGGUUCAGCCAAAGGCAGAGGAGAAACGGGAGGGGCUACAAAAACCAACAACGUAAACAUCGAGGAGGACGUCCGCAUCGCGAUUCACUACAUGAUCGACAAGUUCGUGCAGGACGAGAAGCUGAAUGAGUUCGAUUUUCCUGCCUCGUUUACCCGGGAGCACCGGGCGUACAUUCACGAUUACGUCAAAAAUAAAUCGCUCAAGUCGCGAUCCCACGGGAAAGGCAAUCUACGUUACCUGACGAUCUACAAAUCGAACAUUCUGUCACUCAUCCACGACGAUGCCAGUCUGAACAUGAGCGAGAACUCCAGCAAAAUGAUCCAGAUGCUGCUGCACAAGCAGGGCGGUUUUCAGAAGGAAAUUGCCGAAUCACACGCCAGGCGAAAGAUAUUCCCCUGUCUGACGGCAUACAGUUUGAACCUGGGCUCACCGAACAAUUCCGUCAAGUGCAUCCCGCCACCGUCGAAUUCGAGCAUGCAGGUCAUCCAGGAGCGGCUCCGACUGCCGAUCGCACCCUUCCGAGAGGCGAUCCUUAACUGUCUCAACCAGAACCAGGUUAUGAUUCUGUCCGGCAGUACCGGCUCUGGUAAGACCACCCAAAUUCCGCAAUACAUUCUGGAAUCGAGCACACAGCGCGGCGAAUCGUGUCGGAUAAUCUGUACGCAACCGAGGCGUCUAUCUGCCAUCACCGUUGCCGAUCGGGUUAGUUUCGAGCGUAACGAACCCGUCGGACAGACCGUUGGUUAUCAAAUACGGUUGGAGAGUCGACUGAGCCCGGUUACCAACUUAAUUUUCUGCACGAAUGGGGUUCUUUUACGUUGUCUGAUGGGCAAAAACGCCAACAGUAUCCUUAAUGAUGUCACCCACAUAAUCGUGGAUGAAGUGCACGAGCGAGAUCAGUACUCGGACUUUUUGCUGAUCUCGCUCAAGGAAAAGGUCCUACAGCAUACGAACAUAAAGAUCAUUCUGAUGUCGGCUACCAUCGAGUCGAACACGUUUUCGCGCUACUUCAACAACAGCCCGCUGAUCGAAAUUCCUGGCAGGCUGUUUCCCAUCGAAAACUAUUACCUGGAGGAUGUGCUGUUCCGGGUGGACAGCUACAAUGCAAAGAUUAACGACGUUAAGCGACAAUUUAAGAGCACACCGGAUUUCGCCAGAGCGAUGUGCCAGAAUCAGCAGCGCCUGGACGGAAUCAACACAGCUAACAUGGACGAUGAGACGAUUUUAUUGAUGAACGACAUCCUGGAGCUGUGCUGGAUCGAGAACAAUCCGGAAGAUUUUAAUCAUUUUUUCUACCUCGUCGAAGACGAGAAUAAUCCGAUUAAUUUCCAACACACAGAAACGAAGAUGACGGCCCUGAUGAUUGCUGCUGCCAAAGGGUACACUAACGUGGUCAAACGCCUGCUGGAUAUGGGUGCCGACCCGUCGAUAAAAGGCAAACAUAACUAUACGGCGUUGGACUGGUCGCUUAGUAUCAACGGAUACAGUGGAUGUUGUCAGCUGCUAGAAAUGGCCACUAAUCCACAGCAACAACUGCAACAGCAAGCACUACAGUUGCAAUCGCCACCGAAGCAGCUGUCGAAGGUGCUUCUCGACGUUUACCACAGCACUGUGAACGACGAAAAGAUAGAUCAUCGCUUGAUAUUGGAUAUCAUUUUGUACAUUUGCACACAGCUGGCACCGGGAGCAAUCUUGGUCUUCCUACCGGGCUAUGAUGACAUUUUAGAGCAGUACGAAACUUUGAGUGGCCGGUUGAAUGGGUCGAACAAUUUCCGGAUCUACAUGCUGCACAGUAAUAUGCAGACAAACGAUCAGAACGCCGUCUUCAAGCCAGUGGCGCCCAGCACUCGGAAGAUCAUUCUCUCGACCAACAUCGCAGAAACAUCGAUCACCAUUGACGAUGUGGUGUACGUCAUCGAUAGCGGCAAGGUGAAGCAGAAACACUACGAUUCGGUAACAUCGACGACAUCACUGACGGCAACGUGGAUUUCGCAAGCCUGUGCCACACAGCGAGCCGGUCGAGCAGGCCGAACGAAGCCCGGUAUUUGUUUCCGUCUGUUCACGAGGCAGCGGUUUGAAUCCAUGGACAAGUUUACACUUCCAGAGAUCCUGCGGGUACCGUUGACGGAAAUAUGCCUGCAAACUUCGAUCAUUGCCAGCCACACAUCGAUUCUUAACUUUUUGAGCAAAGCCAUCCAGCCACCGUCCCCGAUGAGCAUCAAGCAAAGUAUCAAACUACUGCAAAAGUUGGGCGCUCUGGACGAUGAUGAAAACCUUACGGAGCUGGGACUCAUCCUCGCAGAUCUCCCGGUGGACGCCCGCUUUGGAAAAAUCCUACUCUACGGAAUCUUUUUGAAGUGUAUCGAUCCGAUCCUCACAAUAGUUAGUGCUCUCAGCGUGAACGAUCCUUUCAUACUGCCGACGACGGCCGCUGAUAAAGAUCGGGCGGCGAAAUCGAAACGGGAUAUGGCCGAAGAUUCAUACAGUGAUUGUCUGUGUCUGUUGCGAGCGUUCCAAAAGUGGAAUGAAGUUAAACCGUCGAUGAAGGAGCGCCAGUUUUGCAAUCGUUACUUCCUCAACUCGGGCACGAUGGACACUAUCGCCAGCUUGCGGAGUAAAAUUCUCGGCCAUCUUCGUUCGGUGGGUUUGGUGAAGAGCUACGGCCCGGGUAACAUCCAGGAUCUGAACCAGCAUUCGGACAGCUGGGCUGUGGUGAAGGCUUGUUUGGUAGCCGGCUUGUAUCCCAAUGUCUGCCGAGUGGACAAGGAGAAUGCAACGAUUAAAACCAGAAUCGAGAAGAAAAUAAGCCCUCAUCCGAGCUCGGUCAUCCGGGACAAGUCUCUGAAGAAGAACAAGGAGAGCAUCUUAUCGCUUCCAUCCGAGUGGAUUGUUUUCGAGGAGAAAACCCGAGCUGGAGCGCACUGUCUGAUUAAGUGCAAUACGGUUGUGGCGCCUGUAGCGAUCGCACUGUUUUGCGGUCCGCUGUUUUUGCUGGAAGAAGAAUCGCUUAUACACUGGAAAGAUUUGGACGAGUCCAAUUCCGACAACGACGAACAUGACAUGUCCGACAAGAGUAAACUGAUUAUAGACGACUGGAUAAACUUUGCCGUGAACAGUGAUUUCGGCAUGUCCGUGUUUCACUUCCGGCAUAAACUGAGUGCACUUUUCCUGAAGUUUAUCAGCAAUCCCCGGGGCUAUCAGCCCAACGCGAACGACCUGUACCUGCUGAAUACGGUAGCCCGGCUGCUGGAGGAGGAAGAACGGCACCUCGGCUUUGCCGGUCACACAAACAUAGGCCAGAAGCCGCGACCUGUGAUACAGAACCAUUUGAACCUGAACAAUGGUGCCCAGAAUGCGUUCAACUUUUCUCCGAACGACUUCAAGCAUGGACCGAGUGGUGGCCACAGUAACAACAACAAUAACAACAAUGGCAACCACGGAGGUAAACAUCAGAACCGGCACCAGAAUCAGCAGCAUCAUCAUCAUGGUGGUGGUGGUGGCGGCGGCGUAGUUAGCGGCGGAGGUGGUGGUAGCAGUAAUAAGCAACACCAGAAUAACAAUAACCACAACAAAAAACAGGAAGGCAAAGUGAGAUAUUUCGUCGUACACGCGGCAUCGGUUGAACAGGUCCAGCAGGCGGCAGACAGCAGCGCGGAUGGGUGGAGUUUCAAUGCCUCGCUGCAACCCAAGCUGACCAAGCUGUUGAAGAAAUCUUCCAAUCUUAGCAUCAUCCUGUUUUUCCACAUAUCACAAAGCAAAUGCUUCUACGGAACAGGCAGGCUUACGCUGGUAUCGAACCAAACAAAUCUGAACAUUUUCUCUCGGAACACGGUAUCUUUCGAUACGCUAAGUAACUUUGAAAAAAGCUUCCUGCGGGGCAGAGUUUUGGAGCAAUAUCUUGACGGUGAGGAGUUGUCCCCUCUCUCGGGACAUGAGUUGUUAGAGUAUUUCAAGUAAACACUUGGCUGAAAUAUCCGAUAAAUCCGUUGCAAUGAUAUUCAGUAAGAAAAAACAAAUUCACACUUUUCCCCCUUCAUACACAUACACACAGAAACACACACACGCGAACACUCUCUUUUACACACUUACAUACAAUACAAGAUAAGAAUACAGUUUCACUGCAAAGAAACCAUAACAGAAACUUGUUCACUUACAGCAGCAUAGUUAUUACAACAGAAUAAAAGAAUUAAAGUACAGACCACGUGAUCACUUUCUCUUAUAAUCUAUAGUUUACGUAUUAUUGUAUCUUGCGUCGAAGGCGGAUAUGUAAAAACAAAGAAGAAAAAUAUUUGGUCGAAUUCAGCCGAUUCAGCUCCUGAUGAUAGCUAUGAUAGCCAGAUAACCCAUUCACGUAAAAACAAAAACCACGAUACUAUACGAUUCUAAGCUGAACCAGAAUUAACGGAACAGAGCAGAAUGCUAACAACAUUUGAUGAAUGAUGAUGAUAGCAGCCACAGAAAUGUACUAUUUAAUUUAAAUUAAAUUGUAAAAGUGAAAUAAAAACUGAAAACUUUUAAAGUUAUCAAUGUGAACAAAAUAACCAGAGUUUAAGAAACUA